AUGUCCACUCUGGGAGAACGGAAGUUCUCCCAAAAACCCAUGGGACUAGAGGCUUGCAACCUGCCCGUGGGUUUUAAAUUUCAUGCAAAAAACAGUAAUAGAAAAGAGUCUCCUGACUCCGGUAGAAAGCCUGGUACGGUAGCGCCAGGUAGGACGGGGUUGCAGGAGUCAUGUAGGCUACCGAAACGGAAAAGGACUAGGAUGACGAUCUGUACUUAUAACGCACGCACGCUUGCAUCGGAAGCGGCCAUCGAAGAUCUAAUGGUGCAAGCCAAGAAGAUCAAGUACGACGUCAUCGGACUGACCGAGACGAGACGACGUCACUCUCUCAACGCUGUAUUUGAAACUGGAGAAGAACUGUUCUUAGGAACAUGCGACAGUAGAGGUGUUGGUGGAGUUGGCGUCCUCGUCAACACGAGUAUGGCACAGAACAUCGACUCUUUCGAACAACUCACGACCCGAAUCGGACGUCUGCGGAUGAGAAGAUGUGGUCCCACACCGGCUUUGACUAUCUUCGUCGCUUACGCUCCAACAUCAAGCUACGAAGAAGAAGAAGUCGAAGCUUUCUAUAUGGACCUGGAGAAGUUCUACCGAGAAGAUCAUGCCUUUUACAAGGUCAUAAUUGGCGACUUCAACGCCAAAGUUGGCCCAAGAAGAAUGCCGGAGGAACUUCACAUCGGGACCCACGGCCUACAAUGGAAUGACCGGGGAGAGGCUUUCCGAGUUCAUCAUGACGACUAA